AUGGCAAGUGAAAAAGUGAACCACGAAGUCGAGGAUGUCAGCGACCUCAAACCGACCAAUGACAGAGUCGAAUAUGAUGCGCCGCGCCCUGAAGAUCUGUACCACCAGGACGCCGAUGUGGUGCUUGAUGUGAGGGCACAAGGUGAUGUGCUCUAUCUAUUCCAGCCGACGGAGGAGCGCCCUCCUCGAUGUCCAGCAGCAGCACCCCUGAUAACAGAACCUGACUUCCCAACGAUUGAGACCCAUUGGGACACCCUAUCGGUUUUCGACGGCCACUUCGGUCAUUCUGCAGUGCCUGAAGAAGCGUUCACAUUCGACAAGGCACUGUUGGAAGUGCUGAGCAAGAAGGCAGAAGAGAGCGAGCGCAAGAAGGCACAUGAUAUUGUUGCUGAGAAGACAAAACAAUUCUUGCAAGAGCUCGAUGUGGGCCUCCGCUUUGAGAACGCUGUUGAUAUUCUGAAUGCUCAUACUAUCUCUCAAGACCAGACCACCAACUCCGCAUUCUCAAAGGAGCUUCUGACCGCUCUCAGCAAGCCGACUUUGACCGAACCCAUCCUUAGUUGUCUUCGACAGUCAGCGCGAGCUAUCCCUUCCUUGGAGGGCUUGUUGAGAAAUCAGAAUCUUGAAAGGCACGGCACCGCCCAGCAACUCCCGCCUCGGUCCGUAACCGACGCACUCAUGCCUCGUAACUCCUCAAAAUACGAAGUGCGACACGGAUCUGGUGUUGUUGAAAAGCCGACACUGACGCCUUCAAACCUCAGGAUCCCGGUCAAGAUUCCUCCUCAAGCAGAGCUCGAGCACUCUCGGUCAUCCCUCAGACGGCCUCCCUUGUUCCAUGAAAGCAACCGCGGUGGCCAAAAUGACGGCGACGCCGAAAUCGUGGCGACUAGUGCGCAGAAGGUGUCAGAUCUCUCCAUUGAUGAACUUCAACGGCGCGUGGAGCAACUUGAACGGGAGAAUGCACGCCUGCGAGGUCAAUUUAUCCCCGAUGACCCCGAACCGGCUGAAAAUGGCGCUAGGUAUCAGGUUUUCCAUUUGAUCAAACAACGCAUGUAUCUGGAUGAGCCCACCUGGGGCCCCAACCCAGAAGAUGAGCAUAUCCGCAGCGUCCAGCCCGUGGAUAAUGUCGUCCACUUCUACGAAAGACACCCUGAGGUGGCCUUCGCUGUGAUCAAAAAAUACAACCCUCAGCAGAAACGGCCCCCAAAAGGGAGCCCUCCCCAGUCACCGGUGUCUUAUCACCAAGAAAUCCAUUUUGUGACGUCCGAAAUGAGGCGUGCGGUCGAAGACAUGAUUGAGCUUAUUCCGCAACGCUCACUCUUAUUUCCGGAUUUUGAGGCCGAAAAGUCCAUUGGUGCUCCGUACGUUCUCAUUCAUGCUUUUUACCUCAUCAAAGAUGAGAUAAUGGAGACUAUGGAUCCAGAGACAGGGAAGCUUAUCCAGAUGCUUUUCGACGUGGUUGUUCUUGACUAUGGUGAUGUAUAUCAAUUGGUCAAGGACCACAGGGAACGUGGUGUGAUAUCAUCGGUCUCUUUACCCUUUAUCUUCCAGCCAGGAGAAGUCAUCAUAUCAACUGAGAGCCAACAUUUGCAAGGCUCCAUGAUACAUUCUUGGCCGGAAGAUGUGAGUCACGGUUUCCAGUCCCAACACCAAAGAGGUGGAGGACCUACAGUGUUCAAGUUGCGACCCGAUCGUCCGGACGAAGAUGUCUCUGAUAACAGUGACAUUCCUGCUGAGACAAGAUGGGUGCCACAAUCAGAAGGCAGAAGGCAGAAGAUGACACUUCACGAAUGGACCAUUAAUAUCUUGUGGUGGACUUACGACGGUUCUCUCAAGCGGACCGACCGGACGAUCAUGAUCGAUUUUCAGACCAUCAACAGGGAAGACGAGGUAGAGAUCACAACUUUGAAAUGGUAUCCGCUGCGUUAUGCUCCAGAGGCUAUGAUAAAGACUCUGGAGAAACGCGGGCGCAGGUUUAGCCAAUUUGAGCAAAGAGUAUUCGUCAGCUACUCAGAAGAAGACAAUCUUGGUUUCAGCAAUAUUGAUGAGCGUUACAUGAUCGACAAUGCGACCUACCAUCGACUUCACCCAAAUGUCGACGACAAAUUCAUCCCUGAUCGGCCCGGUCGGUACGAUCGGUACUAUCGAGCCGAAGGUAUGCCGCUUGAAUACCCUGGUGGCGACCAGGUCAUCUUCCUUUAUCCUCCAACGGCAAUUGGCUAUAACAUGCGACUCAAGAAAUGGGUGGAUCUCUAUGUCGAUCGAAUGUCCGAUGUCAAGUGGAACGAUCUUGCGUUCGAGCAUCUAGUCAUUGAUCCGGAUAGCAAGGAUUUGGUCCAAGCUCUGGUCGGGACCAAGAUUGCUUCGGACAAAGGCACCGACAUUAUUGUAGGCAAAGGGAAUGGCCUUCUGGUGCUUCUCCAUGGUCCUCCCGGGACUGGCAAAACCCUGACGGCUGAAGGAGUGGCCGAGUUCGCCCGCAAGCCACUCUAUAGGGUCACCUGCGGAGAUAUUGGCACCACUCCCGAGGCAGUUGAACAGUACCUUCAAUCCGUGCUACAUCUAGGCAAGAUCUGGGAUUGUGUCGUCCUCCUCGAUGAAGCCGACGUUUUCUUGGAAGAGCGAGGGGAAGCCGAGCUUCAACGCAACGCGCUCGUUUCGGUCUUUCUUCGCUGCCUCGAAUACUACGACGGAAUUCUGAUCCUGACCUCUAAUCGGGUAGGCACCUUCGAUGAAGCGUUCAAAUCCCGCAUCCAGCUAUCCCUGCACUACAAUCCACUCAACGGGCCUCAGCGCAGGAAGAUUUGGCGAAACUUCGUGAACAGGUUGCGCGACAUUGACAGUGCCAACAUUGAUGCCGACGAGAUCUUGGACCAUCUCGACGAACUGAGCCACCAUCAGAUCAACGGCCGGCAGAUCCGCAACUCGAUCACGACAGCUCGACAGCUCGCCCAGUACAAGGGCCAGAAGUUUAACUAUAUGCACCUCAAGCACGUGAUUGAGGUAGCCAAUAAGUUCGAGACUUAUCUGAAGGACAUGCGGGAGGGGCUGACCGACGACGAGGUCAAACGUGGCCAGGGAUACAGAUGA